CACACCAUCUCACUGCUUCAUUCUGACUCACAGCAAACCGGCUUCAAACCUGGACCCUCGGACUACCAGCCGCCCCGCCAUGAGCUGCCCAGUUCUCCUCCCUGUCUCCUUGCUCCAGGGGGAGGAUGAGGGUCUCCCCUCUCCCUGGUCAAUGGACUCCUCAGAGCUGUGUGAGGAUCAUGGAGACAGUCCGUCCCUGUUCUGUUUGGAUGACCUGGAGCCUUUGUGUCAACAGUGUGCAGCUGAGUGCCACACAGGACACCGAGUUUACCUCCUGACAGAGGCUGCAGCUGACUGUAAGGAGGAGCUAAGAUCAUCUUUAAACGGGCUGCAGAAAAAGAUGGUUCAGUUUGAAAAAGCCUCACAGACCUGUGAGCAUGCGGCAAAACACAACCAGGCAGAGGUCAAACUCACAGAGGAGCUGAUGGGGAGAGAGUUUGAGCUCCUUCACCGGUUUCUGAGAGAGGAGGAAGCAGUGAGGUUACGCUCGCUCAGAGAUGAGCAGGAGGAGAAGAAAAGAGACGCAGACGAGCGGAGAGACACGAUGACUCAGCUGAUCAAAUCUGUGGAGGAGAAGAUCCAGCUGAUGGAAGAGGAACUGCAUGCCGACGGAGACGGGGUGAAAUAUCUACAGAACUACGGAGACGACGUGAUGAGCAGUGCUUGUUCAGGUAGCUUGGAGUCCCCACAGGUGUGCACACCUCUAAUAGAUGUGUCCUCACACCUGGGAAACCUGCAGCACUCUGUGUGGGAGAAACUGAAAGGCAUCGCCGCGUACACCCCGGUGACAUUUGACCCCAGGGCAGCUGGCCCCUCUCUGAGGGUAUCUCCCAGGUUAAACAGGGUCACACCUGGACCUUCACAGGGGCCGGGAGGGGGUCUCUGUGUUUCUGAUAAUCCGGAAAGUUUACACUCGUAUUCCUGCACACUAAGCAGAGAGGGCUCAGGAGAGACCUGCUGGGACAUCCAGGUUGGUGACGCCACGAGGUGGACCGUGGGAGUGGCAGCUGAAUCAGUCUCCAGGGAGACAAAGUCAGAGGUCUGUCCUGAGGCAGGACCCUGGUGUAUCAGCCUGCGAGACAAAAAGUACAGAGCUCUGACCUCUCCCUCUCAAGACCUGAAUCUGGAUGACACAGUCCACCUGAGCAGGGUCCGUGUGAGGCUGGACUGGGAGGAGGGGACUCUGGAUUUCAGAAAUGCUGAUACUGACACGCGUCUGUUCAUGUUUCGACACCGCUUCACUGAGAAGGUGUACCCUUACUUUGAGAGUCAGUCAGAUCACGUCACUGUGGAAGACACUGAGGAGAUCACAAGUGAAUCUUACCCUGAGCGAAGAUAUAACGGUGUAUCAUCGGCAUACGACAACGACACGAAGCCUGAGUGCAGACGUCAACACUCAGCAGUUUGUUCUGUGAGAGAGGAGAUGAAAACUAAAGCUCAGAGACGCAGCAUGAAGGGGAAGCAGGUGAAAAUGAAGGAGGUUCAGAGAUCUGACGAGAAGAAAGAGAGCAGCCCCCCCAGGUUCAGGGUCACCUACCAUGUCUCUCUGAACAAAGCCCUUCAAAUCGUCCAAUCACAGACUCAUCCUGAUCAUCCUCAGAGUUAGGAUCUCUGCUCUUAUAAAGAAACACAACACCAGCUGUUUUUGUCUUUUAUUUUGUAGGAGCAGCAGCUCUCCAGACUGACAACUCGACAUAAAGACAUAAAGACAUUAAAGGUCAAACAAAGGUGACUUUAAACGUUUCUUCUGGCGCCAUGGCGUCCACAUCUGUGGCUCUGAAUAAAAAGUCUCAAUCGAUGGAUGAACGGCCGUGACAUUUGGAGCACACUCUGAUGUCCCUUUCAGAACCAACUGAAAUCAAUCUGCUGAUUCUUUGACCUUUGAUUUAGCAAACACAAGCAGACCACAUCUGCACAGCCAACAGGGUAUAAAGGUGUGUUAGCUCAGCAGAUGGUGUGUGUGUUGUCUUUGAGAUGUUUCCUGACUUUUGAUCAGACAUUUUGUUUUUUUAAUG